GGAACCCGGGAGCUGACAGAAGAGAGGAAAUUCCCUUGGAACCUGUUCCUCUGCUUCCUGGCCCCGCUUGUGCGCUGGAGGGAAGGCCAGGCCAGAGGCCCAGCCUGCCAUGGCCUCGGCCCUGGGCCCACCCCGGGCCCCCAAGCCCAAGUGUGCCCUGCCCUCACACUACCAUGAGAGCUUCCUGGAGAAGAAGGGACCCCGUGACAGGGAUUACAAGAAGUUCUGGGCCGGCCUCCAGGGCCUCACUCUCUAUUUCUACAAGAGCAACAGGGACUCCCAGCACGUGGAGAAGAUAGACCUCGGCGCCUCUGUGAAAGUCACAGAUGAAGCUCCCCGGGGGAGCCCCCCUGACCCUGGUAUACAUUUCAACCUCUUCAUCCGGAACCAGGAGAUCAAAUUCAGGAUGGAUAGACUGAGCCUAAUCAACAUGGACGUUUCCUUUCCUUCUCUCCAGGCGGAGAGCCUGGAGUCUCGGGAGAUGUGGAAAGGCUUCAUCCUGACAGUGGUGGAGCUCCGUGUCCCGUCCAACCUCACUCUGCUGCCCGGACACCUGUACAUGAUGGCCGAGGCCUUGGCCAAAGAGGAGGCGCGUCGCGCGCUGGAGAUGCCCUCGUGCUUCAUGAAGGUGAGCCGGCUGGAGGCGCAGCUGCUGCUGGAGCGCUACCCCGAGUGCGGGAACCUGCUGCUGCGACCCAGCGGGGACGGCAGGGACGGUGUGUCCGUCUCCACGCGCCAGACGCUCAGCGGGACGCCGCUGGUCCGCCACUACAAGGUGAAGCGCGAGGGCCCGAAGUACGUGAUCGACGUGGAGGAGCCGGUCUCCUGCGCCUCACUCCAAGACGUGGUCAACUAUUUCGUGUUGCAAACCAAGAAUGCGCUGGUGCCCUUCCUACUGGACGAGGACUAUGAGAAGGUGCUAGGCUACGUGGAGGCGGAUAAAGAGAACGGCGAGAGUGUGUGGGUAGCACCCUUGGCUCCCGCGGUCCUCUGCCCAGGUGCUGCAGCCCCUGCCGGUGGCCCCAAGCAGCCACCUCCUGUGCCCAUCAUGCCUGUGCCCAGACAGCACAAGCUGCCCCCGCUACUGAACCCGGAUGAGAACUAUGUGAUCCCCAUUGGAGAUGCCCCAGUUGCCGAAUAUGAGAACACGGAUGCGCUUUCGCCGGGCUGGCCCAAGCAGUGUCACCCAGCCCAAAAGGUUCAGGCAAAGCCUCCAAAGCCACCCAUGGCACCUAAGCCAGAGCCCAAAUGCCUUGCCAGCGGCCUUGCCAAGAAGCUGGCCAUCAGCUCAGCACAGGCUGUCUGCCUCACAACAGGGUUGGCCAGCGUGACAGCAGAGCUGGAAGAGAAACUGCAGAGGCGGCGGGCACUGGAACACUCAGCCGAGCACCCUGGGGAUUAGCGGGCCAGACUCGGAGCGCCAGUCAGAAGGAUCCCUCCUCCCAGAAUUAAAGUUCAAGUGACCCCAAA